UGCCCACCCCGUGCUGCCCACUCGGCCCGGCCAUGGAGAGCGCAGAGGUGGAGUCGGACAUCCUGCGCCGCGUCCGCACGCUGCUGCGAGAGCUGGAUGGUCACCACCCCUCCUGCCAGAGCGACCGAGGGAUGCUGCGAUGGACCCUGCAUAAAAAAAUCGACCAGAAUCCCAGUAACGGCUCCAUCCUGGUCCGGAUCCUGGUGAAGGAGCUGGAAAGGGCGGAGCGAGGUGACUUCAGACAUUACAUCAUCCCCUUGCUGCACACCCUGAUGUACGCCUUGAUAAAGGCCCCUUGCAUCUCCGACGAGCUCUGCAGCAGAGUGUAUGAUUUCUGCAAGAAGCUGCUCACCCUGCCCAAGCCCUUCUGCACCAUCGGUUUGGACUAUGCCAUCAGGCUGAAGAUGGAAAGGACAGCACCGGGUAUGUUGUACCAAAGAAUGGUCAUUUCUGAACAAAGUCUUAAAAGCGACCCGUACCCUUACCAGGAAAAGAUUUUCAUCUUUGCUGAUCCAGAGCUGCUCUCGGAAGCCAUCUGCAAUGCGCUGGUGACCGACACAGAGGCAGCUCAGGUAUCCCAGAGUCCCCAGGCGUGCAUGUGCUACGUGAUCAUCCAUGCCAUGCAGGCGGCCCUGGGCGAGGGCUGCAACGUCAGUGGCUUGAAGAGAAGCCUCCAGGAGAUGCCCACGAGCGACGUCGAGCACUGGUUCCAGCAAGUGGUGGCAGCGGUGGAGUCUGCAGGCCAGGAGGGGAGCGCAGACCGGGACCAGCACGCAGCCAGGCUGGAGAAGAUUUACUGCACCAUCCUCAGUGCCCUGCAAGCAGGCGAUGCUUCCUCGGGGGGACUGCAGGGAACCCCUCUGCCCAACCCCAACAUCAGCUUUCACCUCUGGACAGAAGAUGACCAGCUCUGGAAGGAACUGGUGCUGUUCAUCCGCCCGCUGUCGCAGAGCUGUGAGCCCAACUGCCUAAGCCAGGACCUGGACAACUUUGAGAUCCAGGACAUCAUUUCGGAGUGCGAGUGCUGUGAGCAGACCCGCUUCUCCGUGCUCUCCACCGACAGUGGCAUCGAGCGAGACCUUCCCGCGGCGGCUGAGGAGCCCUUCGCCCCUUGCAGCGCCGAGACGGAGCAAUCCCGGCUCCAGAGGAAAGGUGGCAUCAAAAAAAAGCUGUCACCGCUGGAGAGCGUGGCCUUCCUGCAGGCUGGCUGCAACGGUGCUGGGGCAAAGCCCCUGGCGAAGCCUCCAAAGAGAGCGGGCACCCCCCCAGAGCCAGCAGCCCCGCUCCAGAAGCUCCACACUGCCCGCAUCGUACUGCUGGGGGACGACCGCAUCCUGGGGCGCCUGGCCCAAGCCUACCACUCUUUGAGGAAACAAGAAACACGGCGAGUUUUCCUGACUCCCAGGCUGAACCUGCAGUUCUACUACAUCCCGGUUGUGACAGGGCAGCCCAACACCUUGGCCGUUGCGGACCACGCUGCCACCGGCCAAGAGGAGCUCUGUGAGGUGGCUGGGUACCUGGGCAGAGCUGACCCAUGGUAUGAGAGCAACAUCAACACGCUGUGCCACAUGAUUCCCAAGCUGGCCACCAUG